CAUAAGUAGCAAACCUGUGACUCAAGCGCACAAGUGAUAACUGACUUCCAGGAAAGCAGGAUUUUUACAGGAAAAUUAAAAUGAAAGUACAGUUGGGUUCACUUUAAGGGCGUGGUGCAGGAAAGAGGACGAAGAUUAGGGUGAGUCACACAAGAACUGAACAUUCCACUGUGGAAGUUCCAAACAUCAGCUUCUGCUACCAGACUGCUGACAAAAAAACAGCUUUUGCCAUGGGGUGGGGUGAAAAUACCUCAAUGGACUAUUAUGAGGACAACGGUGAAUCAAACUUCACCUUUGACUACACUCAGUUUGAAAUGCUUUGUGAAAAAGAGGAGGUGAGAAAUUUCACUAAAUUGUUCCUACCUGUGUUUUAUUCACUGGCUUUCAUUGUGGGAAUUGCAGGAAAUUCAUUAGUGGUGGCAAUCUAUGCCUACUGCAAGAAACUAAAGACUAAGACAGAUGUUUAUAUCAUCAACUUGGCAAUUGCUGAUCUGUUACUGCUAUUCACCCUCCCUUUCUGGGCUGCAAAUGCAGUCCAUGGAUGGGGGCUUGGAAACAUCAUGUGCAAGGUCACUUCUGCUUUAUACACCAUGAACUUCAGCUCUAGCAUGCAGUUUCUGGCUUGUAUCAGUGUGGAUAGAUAUAACGCCAUUUCCAAACCCCAAAGUCACCAAAGAGGUGGAAAGCAAUGCACCGUAACUUGUAUCUGUGUCUGGUUGGCUGCCAUUUUGUUGAGCAUUCCUGAACUGAUUUUUAACACAGUCAAGAAAAACAGUGACCGGUAUGGAUGCUUUCCUGUAUUUCCAAUGGACCUGGGAACACUCCUUAAAGCAACCAUUCAAAUCCUGGAAGUUACGCUAGUGUUUGUGUUACCCUUCCUCGUCAUGCUGACCUGCUACUCAGCUAUUGCCAGAGCACUCGUUAGGUCUCCAAACGUUCAAAAAUCUAGGCCCCUCAAAGUUCUGCUGACAGUAGUGGUUGUUUUCAUUAUCACGCAGCUGCCCUACAAUAUUGUCAAGUUCUGGCGAGCCAUAGACGUCAUCUACUUGCUGAUUACAGACUGUGACAUGAGUAAAACCAUAGAUGUUGCCCUCCAAAUAACUAAGAGUAUAGCCUUGUUUCACAGCUGCCUGAACCCAAUCUUGUACGUCUUUAUGGGAGACUCUUUUAAAAUGCACAUUACGAAAAUAGCCAAAAAUUUUGGAUAUUGGAGGAGAAGUCGCAAUAUACCAGCCGAAGAGAUUUCUAUGAAUUGUGACGGCCACACAGAAGAAAUAAGUAGCUUUACUAUAUAGCAGCUGUAGCACCCUCUCUAACCAGUGUAACAGAAGGGAACAAUUAUAAUGCAUCUGAGAGCUAUUUCCUCUUUGAUUAAACUUAAACAUCCAUGUUACUCUGCAAAUCAAAUCUGAAGAGAUGUUCUGACACAUGAACCAGCCAAGAUGCUGCAAAGCAGUUCAAAAUGGAAUAAGACCAAAAAACAUAUACUAAAGGUAAUGGAAACAACAGAAACAGAGUCCAGCUGGAACGCUUGAAAAAAGUGGGAUUUAAAGGGUCACAGUGCUACGCCAUUAAUUAGAUGAAGAGUGAAUGGACUACAUACCGGUAUGCUAAUCACAACAAAUAUAUACUUAAUAUGUAAAAAAGAAAAAAAAAUAUGAUGGCACUGAAUUUUGUACCCCAGAGUUAAUAAUCUUCAGUCCUUUAAAAUGUAACUCUCCAGAGUUGCUUCUCAAAACUGUUUCAGGUCUUCCUAUUGAUUUAAAAUAUUUGUCUGAAAUUGCAACUCCGUUUUUCCUCAGCUUUCACUUCACAAAUGGCCUGU